AUGGGAAAACAUGGGCUACACAAGAAUCAUGGCGUCAAAAUCGUUAUUCGCUGCAAACCGUACUAUGGCGCUAGCAAAAAGGGCUUCAAAUCCCUUAGUAUUGCGCGAACCUUAUCUGAAACACCUUGGACUCAAGAAGGAAUUAUAAAGUCACCUUUCAAAGAUGUUGAAAUACCGGCGUGUACGUUGCAUGAUUACGUAUGGCAAAAUUUGGAGAAAUGGCCGGACCGGACUAUAGCGGUGUGCGGUUUCACAGGUCGGGGCUACACAUACUCCCAGGGAUUCAAGCUGUCGGCGACCUUCGCGGCGAACCUGCGCAGCAAGCUGGGCGUCCGUGACGGUGACACCGUAGCUGUCAUGUUGCCCAACGUGCCCGACUACCCCGUCGUGGCCUUGGGCGUGCUGGGCGCUGGUGGCGUUAUUACCACCAUCAACCCUACUUACACUGCGCACGAAAUCCAACGCCAACUGGUCACGACAGGCGCAAAAGUAAUAGUGACUGUACGAGAGACAGUAGACGUCGUCAAAUCUGCUCUUAGACUGCCAAACUUGGACAUACCCAUCGUUAUAGUCAGAACUGAAGACACAGAAGUACCAGUUGGCACGAUACGGUUCAAGGAACUAAGUGUUGACGUCAGUGUUGACUUGUCGCCAUUGAAAGAAGUCAGAAGAAGUGCUGAAGAUGUAUGCUUCUUGCCUUACUCGAGCGGCACAACGGGAAUCCCAAAAGGAGUGGAGUUAACGAAUAGGAAUUUAGUGGCAAAUUGUGAACAAAUGAAUGAGCCUGUUAUCAAAAUGCAUAAUGAAACAACAGCGACCCACCAAGAUGCCGUGAUGGCAGUGCUGCCAUUUUUCCACAUAUACGGCGCAGAAGUGAUGAUGUUCCACAAGUUGUCCCAGGGAGUUAAGCUGGUGACCUUGCCGAAGUUCCAGCCUCAACUGUUCUUGCGAACCUUGGAAAAGUAUAAGUGCAACGUUUUGUAUGUUGUCCCUCCGAUAGUGCUAUUAAUGGCUACCCAUCCAUCCGCAACUCCGAAGACAUUCAAACACCUCGAAGUGAUCAUCAACGGGUCUGCUCCUCUAACAACGGCAGAUGCUGAUAGAUUCAUGGAAAGGGCAAAGAGAAAAUUUGACUUCAGGCAAGGCUACGGUUUAACAGAAACUUCACCGGCGGUAACUAUAACUCCAAAAGGGAAUAAUAACUAUGGAUGUGUUGGUCUUCCUGUUCCAAAUACUGAACUUAAGAUUGUUGAUGAACAUAUAAAAACUCUUGGACCUAAUAAGAAAGGCGAACUGUUGAUUCGUGGCCCACAAGUCAUGAAAGGGUAUAGAAACGAUGUUCAAGCAAAUAAAGAAGCAUUUACUGAUGAUGGAUGGUUCAGGAGUGGAGAUUUGGUGUUCGGAGAUGAGCAUGGCAUCAUAACUGUUGUUGAUCGAUUAAAAGAACUUAUAAAGGUCAAAGGCUUCCAAGUUUCUCCAGCGGAACUAGAAGGUGUCCUCCGUGACCAUCCGUCAGUAGACGAUGCGGCAGUUAUUGGAGUUCCCCACCAGACUAACGGAGAAGCGCCCAAAGCGUUCAUAGUCCUGAAGAAGGGACACAAUGUAGCCCCAACAAAUAUAACCGAUUUCGUGAAGGAAAGAGUGGCUGAAUAUAAAAGAAUAAGCGAUGUGACGUUUCUGGAAGAGUUACCGAAGAACUCGACGGGAAAGAUACUAAGGAGGGAGUUGAAGGAGAAAUAUGUGUAAAUAUAAAAAUAUAAGGAUAAAUGAGUUGUAGAUAUCGAAAUAUAUAGGUAUUAUAAUAUUAUAUUUUCACUUUUCAUGCUCAAAAAGGGCACCUUUAUGUCGUCGUAGACGAAAUAAAAUCGCAUUUUAUGCUCUAGAGCAUAAAAGUAAAAUUUUCUUCUAAGGCUAAGGUAAUCGGUCUCAACAGCCAAACAGUUAAAACAUAUUGCAAAUUUUCACGGAGCAAUAAAAUAGUGUAGAUGACAAAACUUGUUAUAUUAUUUUAUUUUUGCUACAAUUUAUUAGAAUUCCGUAUUUUCUGUCAUAAAAUUUAGUAAAUAACAUAAAAUAGGAGUUGAUUAUCGUUCAAAAAUGCUCCAAAAUGUUUGACUUGGC